UUGACUCAUAACGUAACAGCUUAGUUCACCACUGGAAGUUCACUGACAAGUGAAAAGUGUUGAUAACAGUUUUCAAUAGUUUGCAGUGUCGUUCCAAUAGUAUAAUUUUGCCUCUCAACAUGAAGGAUUUGAAUAAAAAACCAAGUUUUCAGGAAUUUCCGGACUUGCAUAAGACGACCAUGGAAACGACAAACGUUCCUGUUCAAACACAAGACAAUAUGAUUCCAGUGGAUCCUUUCUGCAAGGAAGAUAAUCCGAAUAAAAUAACAUUCGAGGAUAUUACGUUAGCUGCAUUUAAAAUAAAAUCUGGUAUCGUUAACACAGCAUGCACGCGCUCACAAAUGUCGCACGCGACCGGAAUGGAGCUCUAUCUAAAGAAAGACUUCCUCCAAAAGACAGGAAGUUUCAAAGAGCGUGGAGCCAGGUACGCCCUGUUGAUGCUCACGGAAGAUCAGAAGCGAGUCGGAGUGAUUUCCGCAUCCCUGGGCAAUCACGCUUUGGCAUUGUGCUAUCACGGAUCGAAGCUCGGAAUUCCGGUGACAGUGGUGAUGCCGGUGUUCGCUCCGAUAAUGAAAAUCACUGCCUGUAGACAAUACGGAGCCAAUGUGGUCGUCGAAGGUUUAGAUAUGGGAGAGGCGAAACGUAUUGCCCUGAAACAAGGACAAGAGAAGGGUCUUACAUAUAUAAACGGAUAUGACCAUCCUCACAUAAUGGCUGGUCAAGGUACGUUGGGCUUGGAAAUAGUCGAACAGGUAAAGGAUGUUGAUGCUGUUGUUGUACCUGUGGGGGGCGGAGGAUUGAUCGCUGGGGUUGCUUUGGCUGUUAAAACUUUGCAACCUCAUGUGCAAAUUAUAGGCGUGGAGUCUGAGAGAUGCCCAAGUUUUACAGCAGCCAGAGCUGCCGGUCAUCCUGUUCCUACGGAUAUACAUUCAACAUUGGCCGAUGGUUUGGCUGUGCCUAUGGUAGGAUACAACGCUUUUGCUACGGCCAAUUCGCUUAUUGACAAAAUGGUGGUGGUCAAAGAAGAAUGGAUUGCCGUAUCGAUUUUGAAAUUAGUAGAACAUGAAAAAUACAUUGUCGAAGGUGCCGGUGCUACAGGACUGGCAGCUAUUCUUGCUGGUCAACUUGAUGAUCUUAAAGGAAAGAGGGUCGUCUUACUUCUUUGCGGUGGUAAUAUCGACACUACCAUAUUGGGUAGAUGUUUAGAAAGAGGCCUUGUUGCUGAGGGACGUCUACUCAAAUUCACUGUUACCAUAUCCGACAGACCUGGUGGUAUAUCGGAACUCUGCAGGAUGUUGGCAAGCAUUGGUGUUUCGAUAAAGGAUAUCAUGCACGAACGAGCUUGGAUCAUAUCUGACGUAUUCAGUGUCGAUAUUAAAGUCGUCUGUGAGACACGCGAUAGCGAACAUUCGGAGCAGCUGAAGGAGAUGCUACAUCAAAAUUAUAGAAACGUGACUUUUGGUGGGGUAACACUCGAACCAAUGAUGAAGUUACGCUCAUUGAAUAAUUGACAUAAAAUUUCAUUCUAAAUAUAAACUAGCUACUUAACGGGCACAUUAAACUAAAUCCUACGUACACGUUAUGCGUAAAUUAGUAUUGAAGAAAUAUGGAAACCUAUAAAUUGUUCAAGAUAAAAUAAAAAAUUGAUAUUUUUAGUAAUUUCAAUUAAUUUCGUGAAUGAAUGAUAAUUUGUGAAAAUUAAGAGGCAAAAGGUGAUAUGGUAUUAGGAAGUGGAAGUAGGGUAUCAGAAUAGUCGAUGAUACGAAGAUUCGUGCUUAAUAAGCUGAUCCUGAAGCACGAUAAGUAGUAAUGGAUGUCAGGUUCGCUCCUGGUCGAAGCAUUGAAUUAAAUGGGGUGCCUAGCAGUUACAUUUCCUGGAAAGUGGCCCGCCGGCUACGCAAACCCUUAACGAUUUCAGUCACGUAGACCUUCACGCCCUUCUCAUCCACGUUUCGAGCAUCCCUUUCGCCAUCGUACUUCACCUCGCGCUAUACGCUACAUUUAACUUCGGUACAUAAUCCCAUCGCACUAUUGCGAGAAACGUAAGUACGUUGUCGCCAGCGUACGAACGAGCACUGUAACUUUUACCGAUGGAUCAUCCGUGCUGAGUUUGACGAUGAUACAAUUUUUCAUAGAAACUUCCUUAUAGGACUUUAAAGUAAUAAUUACAUAAAUAAACUUAUUCACAAAGCUCGAAA